AUGUGGGGCUACUGGGUGGCCCAGGGUCUUGUAUCUGCCAUCGAGGAAAUCAACAGAGACGCCUGCCUGCUGCUUCCCAACCUCACGCUGGGCUUCUCCAUCUGGAACUCUGGGGAUUCUGUGCAUGGAGCUCUUGAUGAAACAACGGGCUUUCUCAUGGGGCAGGAGGAGCUCAUCCCCAACUACAUGUGUCAGCUCAGCCCUUCCCAGGUUGCCCUCGUUGGGGACACUCGAUCAGUCAUGACUUUUUCAUCUUCUCUCCUACUGCCCUUGUCCCUUUCCACGCAAAUCAAUUAUGCAUCCACGCUGGCCAGCCUCAGUGACAAGAUUCAGUUUCCAUCUUUCCUUCGGACACUGGCCAGUGACCUCACAUUUUCCCAAGCAGUGGCCCAGCUGGUGCUCCAUUUCCACUGGUCCUGGGUUGGCAUUCUGGCACAGGAUAAUGAUUUGGGGCAGCAGGGCAGCACCCUGGUGACCCAGGAGCUGGGCCAGGCCAGUGUCUGCAUCGAGUUCCACCUCUACAUCUCCUCCCAGGAGUCCCUGGAGAAGAUCAACGCCAUUGUCCAGAAGAUGGAGAGCUGCACUGCCACUGUCAUUCUGAUGUUUCUGAGCAAGUUGAAUUUUGAGCUCAUAUUGCAGGGAUUGCUGGGCUGUGGCAUGUGGAGUGGAUUAUUCAGGGAAGGGCAGAGAGCAGUUCACUUGCUCCAAGCUAUGGAGGGACUGGCACUAGCCAAUUUACAAUCUCGCCCUUCCUUUCCCCAGCUUCUUCAUCCCCUCAUGAAGGUGCAAUUCAAGACUCCUGAUGGGAGAGAGAUCACGUUUGAUGCCAGUGGAGAUCUAGUUACAGAAUUUGACAUUCUGAAUGGGCUGAAGACUGACAUGGACUUAUUCUACUAUGUCCACAUAGACAUAAUCCACCCGUGAGCCUCUUGAGGGGACAGAACGACAGUCCAAUUGAUGAAGGAGGAGUUCCAGGUCCCCAGCUCUGUCUCCAGCAAGAGUUGUGCUCGAUUCAGCCAGAUCCCCCAACAGGGAUUCCCCCACUGCUGUUUUGAGUGCAGCCCCUGCCCCAAGAGACCAUUUGAAGAGCAAAGAGACGUGAAGAUAUGCCUUUUGUGCCCUGAGGAACAGUACCCGAGCCUUGCCAGAGACCGUUGCCUGCCCAGAACAGAGACCUUCCUGGCCUUUGAUGAUCCACUGGGACUCACGCUGGCCUCAGUGGCGUUCAUGCUGGCCAGCCUGGUGGUGCUGGUCCUUGCAGCGUUCCUGAAGCACUGGGACACGCCCAUGGUCAGGGCCAACAACAGAGCUCUUAGCUACAAGCUUCUUGCCUCCCUGAGCCUCUGUGCUCUCUUUCCUUUCCUUUUCCUUGGCCGCCCCACCACUGCCAUCUGCUUUCUCCGCUGGACCACCUUGGCUGUCCUAUUUACUGUGGCUAUCUCCUCUGUCCUGGCCAAGAACCUCACUGUGGUCCUUGCCUUCAGGGCCACCAGACUGGGGCACAGGAUUCAGGUGUGGCUGGAACCUGGUGCCUCCACCUUAGUGGUUUUUGUCACCUCCUUGAUGCGGGUUGUUCUCUGUGGGGUCUGGCUGGGGAUCUCUCCACCAUUUCCUAACAUGGACAUGGCCUUCAAGCCCCACCAUAUUGCCAUCUAUUGCCAGGAGGGCUCUGGCAUUGCUUUCUACUGUGUGCUGGGCUACCUGGGUCUCCUGGCUGGGAGCACUUUCUCUGUGACUUUCUUGGCCAGGGGUCUGCAUGAUGCCUUCGAUGAGAUCAAGUUCCUCACCUUCAGUAAGCUGCUUUUCUGCAGCGUCUGGAUAGCCUUUCUGCCCAUGUACCAAAGUACACAGGGCAAGUCCACUGUGGCUGUGGAGAUCUUCUCUAUCUUGGCCCCCACUGCAGGGCUGCUGGGUGACAUCUUCAUCCCCAAGUGCUACAUUACCCUACUGAAGCCUGAGCAGAAUGCCCCAGACUUAUUAAGGAGAGGAUGCUGGGCUCAGUGGGAAAGGCAGAGCGAGGCACUCCAGAUCAGUCAUCUCCCCAGGCCUCCACCACAAAGCCUCAGGAGCCCGUCCUUGCUGAAGACAUCAAGACCACAUGAUUUGUACUCAUUAUUUCCAUGUAGAUUAAUAGAGACUCAAAAGACAGGUCAAGAGAAGGGCGAAACACAUAGAUUUAACUGCUAA